GGUGGGACAUUCCGGGAAACGGCGGGGCAGCGAGGAGCGGCGAUGGCGCGGAGGGCCCUGGCGCUCGGGGUGCUCGCUCUGCUGGCGCUGUUCGGCCUGGGGGCGGCCACUGAGGCGCCGAAGGUGGAAGUGUACGCCCGUUCCCGCGCCGAGGAGGGGAAGGAGAACACUCUCCACUGCUUUGUCACUGGCUUUCACCCACCCAAGAUUGACAUCGAACUCCUGAAGAACGGCGUGCCCAUUCCCGACGUCACGUACGGGGACUUGUCCUUCAACGACAAGUGGCAGUUCCAGCGCCUGGUCUAUGCGCGCUUCACCCCCACAAAGGGUGACACCUUCUCUUGUAGGGUGGCGCAUUCCACCAUGCGGGAGCCAGGCAAUUACAUCUGGGAGCCAGACUUCUGAGCUCCGUCCAGAAUAAUCCAUGAUUUGAGACAUUCUUCUUGCAAGUCAGAAUCUUCUCGAGCUUCUGUCCAUUCUUCAAAAACAACUUGCAUUGUAAUCUUCGGCAUUAUCACUUAUCCACGGCGUUAAGGGAGCUCUGCAGGCUUUUUGAGCUAAAAAAUUUACUGCUUAAGAAAUAAUAGUAACUUUUCACUGCUUAAAAUUUUGGAGGAUUUUUAUCCUGUAAUAAACUGCUAGUCCAUAAAAUGUU